GAAUUAUUCAAGAAACUUCUUUUUAUGUGAUAUUAAAAGGGCAAUAGACAUUUUUGAAAUUGUAACAUCCUCUAUUAUAUAUUAGCUGCUUCUUGAAAAUCUUCGUUCCCCUCUACUUCUUAAUUUGCUUAUAGUCUCUCUCAACAUUCCACUUGAAAACAACUUUUUAAAUGUGCCCAUUUUCUUGAUUACUAGCAUCUUUGAAAUCCCUCCCUCGCUCCCCCCCCCCCCCCCCAAAAAAAAAAAAGUAUCUUUUUGAAAGAUCUAAUAUAGUAAUAUGGAGGAGAGACAAUUGCUUUUUGAGAAGUAUGAAGUAGGGAAGCUAUUAGGCAAAGGGACUUUUGCAAAAGUGUAUUAUGGGAAGGAACUUGAAACGGGGGAAAGUGUAGCCAUCAAAGUCAUUAAAAAAGAUCAAGUCCAGAAAGAAGGAAUGAUGGAGCAAAUCACUCGAGAAAUCUCAGUGAUGCGUCGCGUUCGCCAUCCAAAUAUUGUGGAACUCAAAGAAGUGAUGGCUACAAAGUCCAAAAUCUUCUUCAUUAUGGAGUAUGUUAAAGGGGGCGAGCUUUUUAAAAAUUUAGUGGCAAAAGGCAAAUUUAAGGAAGAUACAGCAAGAAAGUACUUCCAACAAUUGGUAAGUGCUGUUGAUUUCUGUCACAGCCGAGGGGUUUAUCACCGGGAUUUGAAGCCUGAAAACCUCCUCCUUGAUGAGAAUGAGGACUUGAAGAUAUCUGAUUUCGGGUUAUCAGCUUUGCCUGAUGAGCAGUUGAGUAGAAAUGAUGGUUUGCUUCAUACACAGUGUGGGACACCAGCAUAUGUUGCUCCUGAGGUUUUAAGGAGGAAAGGUUAUGAUGGUGCAAAAGCUGACAUUUGGUCAUGUGGGGUAAUCUUGUAUGUGCUUCUAGCUGGCUACCUUCCAUUCCAAGAUGAGAAUUUGAAUAACAUGUACAAGAAGAUUUUCAAGUCUUAUUUCGAGUUCCCUCCGUGGUUUUCCAUGGAUUCGCGGCGUUUGGUAUCUAAACUUUUAAUGGCUGAUCCGGAAAGGAGGAUCACCAUUCAAGGUAUCAUGAGGAUCCCAUGGUUUAGGAAGGAUCUCGCAUUGCCACGGGCGUUUUCGAUCCAAUAUUUUCAAAAGUUAGAAAAAGAAGAAGAAAAUGAUCAUGAUGAAGAAGGAAUGAGCAACAAGCAAGGAGGGGUCAUUAGGAAAUCCCCUUCAUCCCCUGCAUUUUUCAAUGCAUUCGAGUUGAUUUCAUCGAUGUCCUCUGGUUUCGACUUGUCUAGCUUGUUUGAGAUCAAAGGUAAGGCGUCCUCCAUGUUCACUUCAAGGAGCACUGCCCGGGAUGUCAUCCGGAAAUUGGAGAAAAUGGCUAAAGUUAUGAGGUAUAAGGUUUAUAGAGUGAAGCCAUUCAAGUUGAAGUUGCAAUGCCCCGAGGAAGGACGGAAAGGACAGUUAUUGGUCACUGCUGAGGUGUUUAAGGUGGCGCCUGAAGUCACCGUGGUUGAGCUCUCUAAGUCCUCUGGCGACACCUUGGAGUAUAACAAGUUUUGUGAAGAGGAAGUUAGGCCUGCCUUGAAGGACAUUGUUUGGACAUGGCAAGGGACUGGUACUGAAAAUGCUGAUGCUGAUAACAAGCAGGUGUUGGAGCAAUAGGAUUUGGUUCAUGUGCAUCUUCUCUCUCUCUUCUUUUCUGUUUGUGUCUGGCUCCCAUUCGCCGGCUGACUGAUGGAAAUAGCUUGAGGACCGGGGAUAUUCGUGUUACUUUAUCAAUACUAAUUUGUACCGAUGCUAGAUCGAUGACCGGAGAUACUCAUGUUACUUUAUCAUACCGAUUUGUACAUAAAUGUGUGUUAUACUUGACCACUUGAGAUUUGUACUACGAGUAAGUCAUUCUUGAAAUUGAUUUUGAAUAUCAUUUGCAUGUUGUAAUUAAUAUGAUUUCCUCUAAUCACAUCAAGCACAAUUAAUCCUGUUGGUAUCCCGUUCAAAAAGGAA